CCCGCGAUUCUUCAGACUGCAGCCGGUCACUUGAAAGACAGCAUUAGCAGUGUGAGCGUCUCUCUAACAAAUCACUUUGACGCAAUGGUUGCUGCUCCUGAGACUAAAGCUUGUUCUGACGUCGUCAUGAAUAAAGAAGAGGUAUUGCAAGAUCCUCCAUCUGCAGAAGAACUCAAAUCCAAAGCAGCUGAAGUGGAAAAAUUGGAGGCUGGUGUCGAAAAAUCUGAACCUUCUCAGGCUUCUGGAUCGAAAGAUGUCACCGAUGCUGAAAACACGGCUAAGUUGGAGAAGGCUGCACUCAAGUUUGCUGAGGGCAAGAGAGCUCUAAUUCAAAAUCAAAACCAGUUAGCAGUUGAUGCAUUUGCUGAAGCAUGUGCCCUGCAGUCAGCAGUUCAUGGCGACAUGUCUGCCACCAUGUGCGAGUUCUAUUAUUACUACGGCCGUGCUUUGCUUGAUCUUGCCAGGAUUGAGGGCGAUGUCUUGGGAAAUGCACUUGCUGGUGUUCCUGAGGGAGAGGACAUGGAAAACUCUCAAGUAGAAGAUCCAGAGAAACUUACAGAAGAGGAGAGGGAUACGGUAGCUCAACAGGUAGAUGAAGCUCUAGAAGAAAAUUUUAAGAAGAAUGAAGGUAUUAAGGAUGAUGAUACAAUGGAGACAGAGGAUGAUGUUGAAAGCAAAGAUAACGAAGAGAAGACUGAAAAUGGAGAAGAAAAAGAUGCUCAAAAUGAAGCAGUUGAGGAUGGUGAUAAGACCAAAGGUGCUGAUGACCAGGCUGAAAGCAGUGAUGUUAAGAAAGCUGAAAAUGGUGAAGAUAAGAAAGCUGAAAAUGCUGAAGACAAGAAGACUGAAAAUGAGGACGAAGAAGCCACUGAAACAGAGAAUGCUAAGGAGAAAACAGAUGAAGAUUCCAAGACCAAAAAUGGCGAAGAAAAAGUAUCAAAUGAAGAUGCCAAACCCAAGAGCAAAUCCGAUGAUGUGAAGAAGUCGGCAAAUGGAGCUGCUACUGAUCUCUCGGAAGAGAAAGCUGAUAAAGAUGAAGAAGAGGGAGAUGAUAUGGAGGCUGAGGCUGCAGAAGACGACAACGCUGCUGAAGAGGACGAUACUGCAGAAGGCGAUGCUGCUGCUGACGGGGAUGAAGCUGCUGAUGAAGAUACACAAGAAAGUGAAGAAGAUGUGCCGUCCUUGCAGCUGGCAUGGGAAGUCCUGGAACUCGCUAAGACCAUUUAUGAAAAGAAUGCCAAUUUAUCAGAAGAAGAGAACACAAAGCUGUCACAGGUCUACCUCAAGCUUGGUGAAGUGUCGCUAGAGAACGAAAACUACCCCGAGAGCAUCAACAUGUACAGCGCAUGCCUUAAAAUUCAGGAAUCUAUCCUUGAAGCUGAUGACCGCUGGCUCGCCGAGACUCACUACCAGCUCGGUCUGGCGCACUCUCUGGCUGACAACUUCGACGUCGCCGUGGAGCAUCUGCAAUCCGCCAUCUCUGUUAUUGAAGCACGAAUUAAGAAUGUCUCUCAGAAGCUUGAGAAAGACAAUAUUAAAAUUUCUGAUGAUUUGGAGACGUCGAGCCUGAGCUCGGAGCAGAAGCUGAUGGUGUCGGACGUGCGUGAGCUGCAGAAGCUCUUGCCUGAACUGCAGGAGAAGAUGACCGAUAUUAAGGAUACCAAGGCCAGCUUUACUGAGAAGCUCAAAGCCAUGAAGGAAUAUGGCACUAAGGCUCAUUUUUCGGGCCAACUGAGCGGGGGCAGCGACAGAAAAUCUGCAUUCGAAGAAGGUACUUCGUCAUUUUCUGAAGAUGCUGAAAAGAAAGAUGCCAAGCCCAUCUCUAAUAUGCUCAUCCGCAAGAAGCGGAAGCCUGAGGAAGAGGCCGCGGCUCCUGCCGAAGAUAUUAAGAAACCUCGCACAGAAGGAGAUGCUAACGGAACUGACGCGCCUCUGGAGAAGAAAGAUGAUAAGAUCGCAGCUGACCCUAAGGCUGAAGAGAAAAUGGAUGUUCAACCCUCUGAUGACAAGAUGGAGUCGUAGAAGUUGAAUAAUUACUGCUGUCCCUGCGUCCCCGGGUUGUCUAUGCGCUCCGAGGAGUACUGACUUUGUGAUCUAGUUUUAAUUUGAAACUCCUUUCAAGAAUGGAUUUGAUUAUUUUUCUACUCAAUAAAAAUGCUUCAUU